ACGAAAAGGAGGAUUGCUUAAAAGCUCCGACUGAACCAAAUUCUGAUACCUUCACUCACUGCCAAUGAAGAAGAAGCCGGCGAUCAGGUUCUUCUGCUAUUGCAAUAAUAUCCCCAAGCCUUCUUCAGCUCUCAAUUCCAUUUCUCAAACCCAAAUUUCCAUUGUCUUCCUCCUCUCUCUGUUACUCCAACCCAUUUCUUCUUCUUCUUCUUCUUCGAUUAGCUCUCCCCCUCCGCUUCCCAUUCUUCCCAUCCCCUCCGCUUCUCAGAUCCAAUGGCAACUCGGAAACAUGGCCCUUUUCCUUCACUUUGGCCCCAAUACCUUCACCGAUUCCGAAUGGGGAACUGGCCACGUUGACCCAUCGGCCUUCAACCCCACCAACCUCGAUGCUGCUCAAUGGGUCCGAGUCGCCAAGGACGCUGGGUUUUCCCGUUUGAUUCUAACUGCCAAGCACCACGAUGGGUUCUGCUUGUGGCCAUCGGAGUAUACAAAUUACUCGGUACGGUCGAGCCCUUGGAGAGAUGGGGAAGGAGAUGUGGUUGGGGAACUGGCCAAGGCUGCCAAAGAAGCAGGACUUGGGUUGGGACUCUAUCUGUCGCCGUGGGAUCGUCACGAGCCCUGUUAUGGCAAUACUCAGGAAUAUAAUGAGUUCUAUGUUGGCCAAAUGACUGAAUUGCUUACCAGGUAUGGAGAGAUCAAGGAGGUGUGGUUGGAUGGUGCAAAGGGAAAGGAUGAGAAGGACAUGGAAUAUUUCUUCGAUUCAUGGUUUAGUUUAAUUCAUCAGCUCCAACCGGGGGCUGUCAUUUUCUCCGACGCCGGUCCCGACUGCCGGUGGAUUGGUGACGAAGCUGGUGUCGCCAAGCCUACUUGCUGGUCUCUUUUUAACUGCAGUGCUGUAAAGAUCGGCGGCACUGAUUCCCGAUACUCCGGAGAAGGUGACCCAUUUGGCCACGAUUGGGUUCCAGCUGAGUGUGAUGUCUCAAUAAGGCCUGGUUGGUUCUGGCAUCCAUCAGAAGUUCCAAAGUCAGCAAGAACUCUUCUCGACAUAUAUUACAAAUCAGCCGGCAGAAACUGCCUUUUGCUGCUAAAUGUACCACCAAAUUCCUCAGGUUCAAUAUCAGCUGAAGAUAUACAAGUGCUGCAAGAAUUCACCAAGAUCCGAGACUCCAUUUUCUCCCACAAUUUGGCAGAAAAUGCUCUUCUCGAUGCGAGCAGCACGCGAGGAAAUGGCGAAGAUGACCGCUUCAUCCCCUCGAACGUCCUCAAAGAAGGUAUCUACACUUACUGGGCUCCUGCUCAGAAUCAUCAACCCACUUGGUCUCUGUAUCUAAACCUUCAAGAGUUCAUAUCUUUCAAUGUGCUGCAUAUUCAAGAGCCGAUUCACAUGGGACAGAGGAUUGCCGAGUUUCAUUUUGAUAUUCUGAAUGAGGAGGGUGUUUGGAGAACAGUGGUGAGAGGCUCCACAGUGGGUUACCGGAGAAUACUGAAAUUUCCAACCGUGGAAUCUCAAUUCUUGAGACUUGUUAUUGAGAAAUCAAGGGCUGAUCCCCUAGUUUCUUAUUUGGGGAUUCAUGUGGAUAACUUCUCUCAUUUGAGUAGUCGUUGUGAUAAGACAUUGGGAGCAGGCAUCAAUGGCAGUGACAUUCUUCGUCAGAUUACCUUGAAUAAUUCUCAGAUUUCUGCUGUAUAAUAAUGCUCUUGUUCUCAUUCUAGCUCAUACUUGUAAUGAUUUGAGUAUGUACACACCUGCUUUUGCGAAGAUUUGUGGCAUUGAACUUAAAAAUGAA